GAGGGGAAGGGUUUCCAAAUCCACAUUUUAGUGGUUGGGUAUUUUCUCGAAUUCUAGCUCUUUUUCAGCGCGAAUGAAUUUGUCUUCGGUGACUUGAAGAACUAUCAACAGGUUUAAAGAUGGCAGAAGACGAGGUGAAGAAAACAGGAGGCCAAGUCGAUGGUAAGUGAUUCCAUCUCGCUUAGCUUGGUUCUAAACUCGUGACCAUUAAAUUCUCAGAAAAAUAACACUUGUGAUCUUCAAACGUCAUGAUUUCACUGAUUUUCAUACUGAAUUCAUGCCCGGAAAAAGGAAAAACUUAAGUUUUCUACAAGCUGGAACUUUUAAAGAAGUGCGGUUCAUGAAGUAAAGGUGAAUUUAGGGUAGAUGAAUCGUCACAAUAGUUUCCCUGUUCUUUCCGUAUGUGUCAUUGGCGAUGGCAGCUUCGCUGAUUUAUAUAAUUCAAUACUGUUUUCUAAAGUUCCUCAUAAAAGUAUUUGAGGCAAAUUUAUCCAUCAUUUAACACAUGUUAAUGGCUCCUGAUGACCCGCAGCACUGAUCCAUUAUAUCAAUAUAUCAACCUCCCCUUGACCCCUUAUGAAAGUUGCUGGUAAUCCGAACUGGAGUUAUGAGUGGCGAUCCAAAGAGAUUUGGAGACAGAAGUAAUUUUAAUGAGCUCAUUAGUUAACAUUAUUCUGCGGCACAUUUUUGUAAGCAGGUUUGUUUUGUAGUUGUAUAUAGUGUCUAAACAACCAAAUUUGUAUAUUUUUAUGGAAGAACUGCAUCCAAGAGUAGCAUCUGGAAAAAAUACUUAUUAUGUACAGAAAUAUCACUGAUGUCUAUAAAAAUGAUUGGUUUGGAAUCAAUGGAAAAUUUUCAGUGUGUAUAAGUGUGUGAUGGUACUUGAGUUUGGCAUGAAGUGGAACAUACUUCACCUGGAUGCUGCUUCCCUAGCUAGUGGUUAAAUCUAUGAUAAUUGAUAUCCAUUCCCUCUAACAUUGUCAUACACCAACAAACCCAGUAAUUUCCUACUGUAAUCUACCAACUGAUCCAACAUACAGAGUUUUAGGGACAGGCUUGACCUGUCACAACUUGUCCUAGUUAGUUUCUAUAGCAACUAGUGGUGUUGGUACUCCACUAGGAUGGGAUGAUUUUUCAUAGCAGGCAACCUUUAAGAAUUUUGUUAGAUUUCCUUGACAGCUCUGUAUAUGACUUUCCCUUUAAAUUCCUAAAUAGAGAGAGAGGAACUUUGAUUGUGAAAUGUCUUGCCCCAGAUCAUGACACAAGGGACUUGCCUCUCUUAAUGUGCAAUCAAGUGUUUACUCUAAAAAGCCACUUAGUCUCUGCACAUUUUUACCCUUGUUUAUUUUUCUUCCUUCAGAACUUUGUUUGGCUCUUAUUGAUGCAGCCAAUGAUAAACAGCACGAGGUGCGACAAAUGAUCAUGACAUCUCUGCAUGAACUUGGAAAGAAACAACCAGAAAUGGUUCUGAGUGCCAUCAAAGGAUAUCUUAUCAAACAUCAGAAGGUAACUUUGAUGAUGAAAAUUAUAGACAACUUUAUUUGUUGUGAGUUAAUUGUCUAAAAUAUAUUUUAUGUAUAGAUCAACUUCACCAUCCAUUUUUUUAAGCAGUGGGUUUAGAAUAGUGAGAGGAAAAAAUAUAUUGACAAUGUCAGUGAUAGAAUAGUAACUUGAUGAAAAUCCGAUACAUACUGUACCAACUCCUUUUUCUUUUUUUGACAUAGCUUGACUACUUGACCUUAUAUGUGUCUGGCAAAAUAUCAAUAUUUAUGUUAUCUGUGAGAUAUGUAAAUGAUGAUAGACACUUUUAUUAGCUGGAGGGUGUUACCUAAAGGUAAGACUACUUCAUGAGUUUAUCUUUUAUUAUUUUGUUUUUAGCUGAGCCAGGGUCAUAGAGUUGUUCUCCUGAAAUCAGCUUCAAAGAUUAUUCACGACACACUAAGUACACUGUCACUGGGUUUAGGAAAGCAAAUGAUCAAGUUGGCAUCAGCAGAGAUGACCAAGAGCAAGGUAAGAAUAAUAAUGGUAAUGAUAUUGUGUAGGAUGAGGAAACUCAACCAGGAACAAUAUAAUUGAUUUCAUAAUUAACUCUCCAUACAACUGGUUCUAAUAAAAUUUAAUGUAAAUGAAUCAUUUAGAAAAGCUAGUAGAUAGGUUUUUGAGGGCAUGGAGGACUUUCUGGGUCAUAGCCUUCCAAAGAUGCAUUUUCUUGCAUUUUAGGUCUAUUUUCAGUUUGUUUUUAGAAGUGAACUGGUCUUAACAAAAGAAAUGAGUUAUGUGGUGAUGAGUACAAUGAUAUUUCAAUACAGGCUGGGUAAUACACCAUUCCUGUACCCUCUACUCUGCCACAAUAACUAUGAAGAGUGCUUCUUUCAUGAAAAAUCCCACCAAUUUUAGCCAAAAAGCAUCAUGCCAGUUGUUAUACUUCAAUUCAAAAACAAGUUGGUAUUUAAAUUUUUCCAUUAUGAUUUCUCAGUGAACUGUCUGCUAUUACCUGAUCGUCUUUUGUUUGCACUGCUUUGGGAGAUCAGGGUGAAUAUAAAUCUUGCUAUGUGUGAACUCAGCCUAUUUGUUAUGGAGCAUAAGAUAGAAAUUUAGUUGGGGUUCUUUAAACAACAUUAGCUGAUGUACAGGAAUAUGAUUAUCAAAAAGAAAAAAGUGAUAUUGAAUUUGUGAUUUAUCACUGUUUAGGAAGUGGAGCCUGAUUGGCAGUCUGCAGCCUCUGAGGUGUUGGUUGCUCUAGGAAAGAGGUUUGAUCACCAGGUGAUGGCAGAGCUCCUGGAUAAGUUAGCUCCUGGCACACUACCUCACUACUUUGUUGUGCAGACUCUGGCAUCUUUCUCCAUUUCUAAUCGUGAGUGAUAAAACAGUUCACUUUUUUCUGGUGAUAUAGAUAUGCUAAAAUCUGGAAGAUUUUCUUGUUUCUAUUUGUCUUCAUUCCUCCUAACAAAGGGCUAGCACGCAAAACACUCUAUAGUGGCCAAUAUACAUUAUCAACUCACUUGAUAAAAGCAAAUUAUCUACCAAUACUACCCACUGAUGCCAUACUACAGAUACUUUGGAAACUCACUCCCUUUACUUUCAUCUUGUUACUAUUAGAACUAGUGGUGGGGAUAGAGGGGGGGGAAGAGUAGGUUGAAAGGUCAUUACAGAGGGGAGGAGAUAGGUAAAAUGGAAAGGAAGCUGGAGGUCUUUGAAAGAAGGAAUUCAUUGAAAGAAUACAAAAACUUUAAUCUUACAGUCAAAUGGUAUUUUGUUAAUGGUUAGGUAUAGUGGGCUUGCGAUUAAAUUUCUGUUUUGUUUUUCUUUCUACUCAGCCUAUGGUGUUGUCCCUUUCCUGAAAGACAUCCUAGGUCGCAUGUUGCCCAUGAUGGGAAUGGCCAAACAAGACAAUUUGAAAUGGGUCAUUGCUAACUGUAAGAGCAAGAGUUAAAUGAGCUUCAUGUUGCAUCAGAUUUAAAAUGCAAAAAAUGUGGUUCUAGAAGGUUGAAGUUGAAACAUUUGUGCCAAAUCAGUUACAAAGAACCAGCACAUUUGCUUGUUCUAUAAUCAGGAGUUUGAUUUCAGCUUAUACUUUAAGCUUCUCUUCAAGAUGUACUUGCAGUAUACUGUUGCACAUUUUUGCAUGCAUAAUGCAAGGGUUGGUUACUACUGACCAUUUAGUGGCAGCAGUCUGCUUUUUAUCUUUUUUUUUUCUUAGAAAAUUGAAACUCAGUUUGACAGAUGACUUUCCAUGAAUGCCUCUUUCCACCUAUACUAUUGUCCAAAUCGUUUGAACUGUAUUUCAGAUCUCUGGAGAGAUUUAUUUACUAGAUGGACCCUGAAAAGUGUAGCUACUUUCAUGUUUGAUGUUUUCCUUGCAGGUCUUGCCAGAUUUUGUGAGAGCAUCAUUGACUAUGUUGCAAAUGCAGAGAGUGCGCCGUACCCUGAUAUCACAGUUGACAGAUUUUAUGGUGAAAUAUCAUCAGCUUAUGACAUUUUAUUUAGUGUGUGGAUCAGAGCCAGUGAAGCCAAGGCAAGAAAAAGCUAAGAACAUCUUUAGUUAUUGACAGUACAAUACAUUGAUACUAACCAAUGGUUAGUUUUUUUUUAGGUUUGGUUUAGAAGAUAAUGUUAUUUGUUUUUUAGAUUAGACUAGCUGUUGUGGAUGCCAUUGGUCAUAUGACCCUUAUUAUGGCAAAAGACAAGCUUGAGGAGCAGUUGCCAAAGUUACUGCCUGGUAUCACAGCUCUGUACAAAAAACACACAGAACACUACCUCAUUACACAGGUAUGGACUCAGUAUAAGCAAAAUUAAUUUCUUUGCUGUGUUGAAAUGCCAAGUUUGCUAUGAUUUCCUUUCCAAAAUAUUUCCUUCACUGUUAAAAGUUUCUUAAAUCAGAAGCUUUAUCCGAGUGACUAGCAUCACCCAUUAAGGUAAUGGUCAUAAACUGCUCUUGAUUGUUACUCAAAUUCUUCUCAUCAGCACCUCAUGAUACUGGGAACAGAAUGGAGAAUAUGCGUACUGAUGUCAUGACAUAAAGAUUUACACUAAGACAUGUUUAACUGCCUUAGACUAUUAGUGUAUUUCCUUAUAUUUCUGCAGGGUCUGUGUAUGGUUUUGAAAGCCUCUUGUAAAGAUGGUGGAGAAAUUCUGCUUCCUUUAGUGGAAAAUUUAUUGGGAGGAUUGCACAGCAUGGUAAAAAUUUAAAUUAAAUUGUUGUUCUUUUUAAUAGUAUUUGAUUUUUCUGCAGAAUAUUUCUCUUAGCUGAUUUUGAUAAGCUUUUCACCUUGUCAAGCAUCUUGAUGUACUAUGUAGAAUGAUUGUUAAGUUAAUUAUUUCAAAUACUUACUGAAAUAGGUGCUUCUGAAAAAAGAUCAGCAGAACUGACUGUUUUGUUUUUCACCAACAGACUGAUAGAUCUUUAAUAGAUUCCUUAAUAGAUUCCUUAAUAGAUUUUACUCAACUUUCAUCUUGGCACUCACAUUUUUUAUUGAAAUUUCUGUUCAUUAAUAUCUGGGACAUUUAGCCCAGAUUCAGUAAUUAGCCUAAAUUGUUUUUGAAAGGACAUUUCAAUACCUCAAAAUUAAAGGAAAGCUAUAAAACCAGGGGGAAAAACAACUGUAAGGGGUAGGGGUUAGAACAUAUGACAAACUCAUCCCAUAACAUGCAAGGUUGCUGGUCACAGAAAUCAACCAAUAGGCAGUAUUUCAAUUGACACUCUAGUGACAUGCUUCUCUGUUCCUAAUUUGUUAUUUUCUAGGCUUGUAACAUGCCAGAUUUUUCCAAUCCAGUCUCAGUCAAGAAUCACAAUGAAGUUUUAAGAUGUUUUUCUGUUCUUAGUAAGUGAAUUUAAUCUUCGUUACAACACCAUUUUAUCACUUUUUUUUUUUACCAAAUAGUAAAGUGUUAUUUCCUUGGGUUUCCAGGAUCUAGUCCUUAAAAAAUUUUUAUGCUUCUUUGCAUACUCUCAAGGGCUCUUUAUGGCCUCUAGGGCCUGGUAGAAAGACAUAAUAAGAUAAAAAUCAUCCAACUGAGAGAAAUUUUUGCAAUGAAGCAGCUACAUGUAUUUUAAGGCAUGUUUUAUGCCUCCUGUUCUUCAAGAAAGUGGUAACUUAUUGAAAUAAAACUAACUGACAUACCUCUUUGGUGCUUGUCAGAUGCUACUGUUUCCUUCUUCCUUAAAUGAAAAAGUCUUAACCACUCCCAUGUUUCUUUCCUUGUCCUUUUCAUCCCAUAGUCCAUUAAAAUUUUCUCAAGCAGUUGUGAUUCUUUUGUGGUCAUUCUAAUCUCUAUUCCAGGUCUCACGAGCAAGAACUAAUUUAAUAAAAUAAUCUCAAAUGAAGGAAUAGUAAACAAAUGAUGAGGCAAAUGUUACAAUGAUUGUUUCUAAUUUUUUAUGUCAAUAUUCAGUAAAUUACAUCAAAGAGUCUGUAAGUGCGUUACCAUCUAACACAUAGGAACUUACAUUAACUAUGUGGUUUAAAUGAAUCUGUUUUUAUCCUUUAGCACCAGCAAUCUCAGACCGUGUCAUUGCAUUUUUGCUUCAAAAGUUGGAGGCUAAUUAUGAAAAGACUAGAAUUGGAUCUCUGGCAGUUAUUAAACAUUUAGUCAACUCCUCUGGUAAGUCCAACAUGUUAAAUAGCGGGGUAAAGCGUCUCUUUGCAUGUCUGUUUUUUUAAAUUUAUGUUGUAUUGGUACACUGCUACUCUAGUGUGAGAGGUUCAGGUCCAACAUGUUGGGAUAAUUAUUCAAUCUUGUUUAACUUUAGUCUGAUGAGACACUUAAUUUUACUUAUUUUAGGUUCAUAUUUGGAGAACAAAGAAGAACUGAUUAUCACAGGCGUGCAGAUUCUGUUCAGCGACCAAAACUUGAAGGUAAAACUGCUGAUUGAGCAAAAAAUUCCAAGUAUAAUACGUAAUUAGAAAACCCAAUAUUCUGACUACCUAUCUUCCUAAUUUUGAGUGAAACUUUCUUCUCUGCAAAGACUGAUCUUUACAAUCUGUCUUCACAAACAAAUUCAUCGAGAAAAAUGGUAAAAUUUGCUAAUCAUCAUUCUAAAAGGGGAAAAAAUUUCAUUAGAGUACAUAAAGGCUUUAAUUACAGUGGAAGCAAUUGCCUGUGAUUGGGUAUCGAAACCAAAUUUGUGUGAAAUUUUUAUUAAAGAAAAGCAAAAAUGCUCUUAAACUCUGGAACGCAAUUUUGUAGACGAAGCGGUGAAGAUCGAUGCUUCCAAGCAUUUGAUUAUUAAUUUUUUUCAUACAUUGUUGUAACGUUAUGAAUAUAUUUCCAUGGUCUACAGGUGCGGCACAUGUUUGCUCAGUGCAUAACUGCCAUGGCUCAUCAUCGUUACCUGGAAUUGGAGGGCGGCCAUAAAUUGGUGGAAUUUAUUGUUAAGCAAUGUGCACUGAGCGAUGAAGAGGUUGGUGUUUUUCUUUUCAUAUCAAAAAUACAGUUUUCUAAUAGCAGCAGUGUGUUUUACUUGCGACAUGGAGUGAAGCAAUUUUCAAUUUAGUGUCCAAAGUAUCCGGGAUUGCAUUGGCCGUACCUUACUUAGCAAUGUGAUUGGUCCAGAAAACUCGCACUACUCUCUAAACCGAUCAGAGGCAAAACUAAAACCACGACUUGGUCGCCCGCGUUUUCCCGCGCUUUAGCCAGAUUGGUCUCUUUGAAUUAAGUUCUCAUUGGCUCUUAAAGGUAAUUUCUUUUCUUCUGACUGGCCUUUGGCAUUAUUUUAGUUUUGGUUUUACGAUACUCAAUCGAAAAGCGCCAAGUACUCUUCCUAGUUUAAGGCUGUGGGGCAAAAGUAUUCAAUGCAUUAUUUCUACAGAAAACCAGAAGACCAACCGACGCAGAUUCCAUAACUCCUCAAGCUCUUCAAAAGAUGUGUGAAAACAUUCUUUUCCUUCUGACGACAACAGUGGAUGUCAUGGAACCUGUAAGUGAUAGAGUUAUUAAGAAAGGAAAGGCAGGCUUAGAUUUUUGCAAAUUUGUUGGAUUGUCAUUCAGACUUCAAGAAAAAAAAAAAGCAUAGAAUAAGCGCCGCAAAAAAUGACUGUCUUCAAUCCAACGAAUUUAAGCGAUAAAUAUAGUUAAGAAAAAAUUGUGCGUGUGUGUGGGAGUCAUGUGUAAUUUCGCACUCUUUGUAUCUUGACUCACUGUAAAAUUUCCCUCUGUUGAAAGUAAUAAAAGGGAAUAAGAAUUGAAAAUAGUACCUUUCCCAUCCUCUUAACGUUCAGCUGUUUUGGAGAAAAUCCACAGAAGUGUUUCUCACCAAACACCAAGGAGUCGCCAAUGUACAUUGUAUAGCUCCAACAAAAUUCUCUUGAAGUGUUGCACGGUGUUCCUCGAGUCGUGUUCCAACUGCUGUCACUCGUUCCCUUCCUUUGUAGGUGCUGUGGCCAUUCUUACUGGAGUGCCUUGUUCCUGAAACAUUUACUCAAGCCAUGAAUCCUCUUUGUCGAUGUAUUUGUCACCUAGCAACCAAGAAACGAGAGGAGGAGUCAGCGGAUUUCAGUAUUGAUUUUGAUGCAAAGCGUAAGUCAGUUAUUUGAUCAUGCAUGCAUGCAGCUUGGUCGGUUUAUUAUAUUCUCGUCAUAAAUCAAUGGGUACAAAACAUUUGUACAGGCCAUCUAGGGGCGAUUUCUUUGUUUGAUGUAGAAGGGUAAGGUUCGAGACAAAUCAGGAUCCGUCGGAAAUACUGAAGCCUUUAAAUCUGGUGUAUCACAUCAACGCUCACUCAUAGUUUCCAAAACCUUCCAAAUUGAUUGAAGCAUUUUUUUUUUGUUUUCCUUGCAGAAUCUACGGUUUUUUUUUAGAUGUUAACACCUAAGAUUCUUAAAACUUGUUUUAUUCUAUGAAUUUUAUCCCCUAUCCUUUACCCUUAUACCUCUGUCCUUUUUUGGUCCAAAGUCAUUAUCAAACUCUUCUAUGGCCAUACAUUAAUGAACAAAACUUUUUAAAGCAAGGAUAAAAUCGAACUGAAGCAUAAUAUGUCAAAGCAACACCCUAUCUAAUGGCGUGACUGAUAGAUAAUAAACUAGUGUGUUCCAUUUCCUUGCAGCCAACAUGCCCAAGCCAGCAGCUAUCAUCUCCCGUCUCUUAGUGAGUAGUGACAUUCUUCGUUAAUAACUUGUAGCGAUUUGCAGCGGAUAGCUGACUCGUGGCAUUCCUAUAACUCGUGCGCAACGGGCGUUUUAGGAAGUUGAAUAACAAGUAUUUUUCUCUCACUGUCGCCUUACCCGCGCUUCGUUUCGCGCUCCUGUACGGCUUCUAUCGGCCGCGCACAUCUCAAAGACGAUCGGAGGUGGGUCAGAGGUGGAACACUGAAUUGACAGAAGCUCUCUCAUCUGGGGAGUCAAUGUUUGCGGCUGAUACGCUCACAAGGGGAAGUUUGCUGCUACUCAAGCAUAAAUUAUUCUUACAAUCGAACCACAAUCUACUACAACACCCAUGGAACAUAAUACUCAGACUCUGGCCGUGACGCGGUAAAGUCAGAGUGCCUUGCUUUGUUCUCGUGAGCCGGAUGUGGCCGGUUCUACAUCUUAUUAAUCCCUCCGUUUUUCUCGUAAUUUAAUGUGGGACUGUUUGAUCUACCUGAAACUUACAGAGAGAGUGUCACCUUUUUUUUGCGUUUUUCAAGCGAGCGCAGGUAGCGUGAAGGACAAGACGCGCGAAGAAGAAGCGAAAAAAAAAAAUUGUUUCACGUGUCAUUCAUUUCGCUUUUCCUGUAAGUUCUAAGUGCGACAUUUUUUCAUGUUGGAUUCUUCACGUGUUUACAGGUUAUUAUAGUCUUUUCACCCCGUAACUAGCGAACGUUUAUACUUAUAGUUUCAUUAGCGCCUUUUUUGUUAUUUUAUUGCCAUCCUAUUGCCGCCCUAUUGCUACCUGGCAUAAUUUAUCGCGCUAAGCGCAGUUCAGUUCAGUUCAGUAACGUACCGCCGUUUUCGCUUGUCCUUUUCCUUUCUUUUCUUUCUCUCGGCCUUGGCAUUUUGCAGUAUCAAUAUUGGUCUUUUCUGUGGCCGCAACAAUGUAAGUGUUUUAUAGUCCUCUUUCCGUUGUGUUGUUUGUUAUUUCUUUUAUAUCAUAUAUUGUGUCACGUUUGUAGUUGUUUGUUAUUUUAGUUUCAACUUACGUCGUUUACGCCGGUGAGGAGUUGAAGUGAAUUGUAUUUAUUUAUUUCUAUACGACGUGAGAUUUUCAUUCCGUGGCCACAAAUUUCGCCUAGUGUAGUUUCAUUGUUGAAAAUUGUGCAGGAACGACAGGACUAGUCAGUUUACGGAGCCAAUUGGUGGACGAGUCGGUGCUCGUGGGCAACAACCGAAGCGUAUGCUGGACUUGGAAGCAGUUAAGCUGGACACAAUUUGCUUGAAGAAAAGUCCGAGAUCAGGUCACGCAUCCGCCGUUACCGCUAAAUCGAACGAAAUUAUUGGUUUGAUAUCUGAUGACCGGAACCUUCAAGAACUGAAAGAGAAGCUUAUUCAUGUGGAUAACGCUUUACAAAGACCCCGAGUAGCUCAUCACGAUUAUAGCAGCGAGAUUCUGGACGAGGAUGGCAUCGCUGAAUGCCAGCUUUACCUUGAAAGUGAAGAAAGAAAAUUGGGCUUAUUCCACUAGCAGAUCGCCGACUGGAUAACUGUGACUGCGGAGAAAUUCCUAGCAGAAUCGCUUCGAGUGGAUUCAGUUGUAAAACCUGAAUACUAGGUAAGCUGUGCUAGCGCGCCAGAACCAUCAAAGGCAUCAAGAGCCUCAAAUGCUUCUAAGGUUUCAAAACUCUCAAGCCGAGCAAGUUCGCGUGGCAGCUGCACCGCGUCAGUCACAAUUGCGAGAGCCAAAGAAGCGGCAAGAGUCGCGGAAUUGGAAGCCAAAAUUGCCAUGCUCGAAAAAUGUCAAGCUCCCAAGGAAAAGAAGUUUCGUGUGAAACAAGAAGAGACCCGCCAAAAGUUGGGAGCUGAAAUAGCGAAGACAUCAGCAUAGGAAAGAGCCCUCGCUGCAAUGACCACCCCAUUUUUACCGCAACAACAGCCAGUCAAAUUGGAACCGAGGGUCAAUGACCAAGAUUCCGCUGUUCCUCCCCGCGUGAGUAGGACUACUUAGGAAGAAGUACCGUAUUCAGAGUAGAGCGAUCCUUGUAAUUUCGUUCUACAUGGCCCACAUGGUCUUUCUGCGCCCACAGCCGGUGAAGAUUUGAGGAGAUAGACAAUCGAGUUACAACAACAACACUCUUCCAUUUUACACACCAGUCCCCGUGGGAAACAUACAACAGACGUCGGUGUCGGCGCAGAAGAUGACGUUGACGCUCAAGUUUGUGGCAGCAUGGUAAACAUAGGCAAGGACGCAAAACCUCAGAUCUUAAAGGAAAGUGGCAGGACAACCGUGGCCGUGAUACCAGUUAAAGUGAGGGCGAGAGUUGGUUGGUAGGAGCGUAGUCACCAACACCUACCUGAACAAUGGUAGCUAUUCAAGUCUCUGUACAGAGUCGUUGAUGAAGUAAUUAGAAGUCAACGGUCAGCAGACUAAGAUAUCCCCAUCGACCCUGGAGAAGAAAAACAGUGCAAUGAAAAACUUCCUUGCUCGUGAUCUUCUUAUUUUCGACUUGGACGAGAACGAGUGGAUCAGCCUCCCAAUGUUGUACACCAGGCCAGAGAUCCCUGUAUGCUGCGGCGAUAUUCAAACUCAAGAGGACAUUGAUCAGUGGCCUCACCUGCAGAGUCUCCCUACCUCAUGUCCGUGCCGAAGUCGGUCUCCUGAUUGCUAGUGAUGUUCCUUAAGUCCUUGAUCCACUUGAGAGUAAGCACAGUCAAGACGGAGGUCCGUACGCCUUAAGAACACGUAUUGGCUGGGCGGUGGACUGACCCUUAAGUCGUCAUCGUCAUGAUUCGCAGGCAUCAGGCUUCUUCACUAAAGCUGAUCUUCAGCUCCAACGGAUGGUAGAGGACCUUCACAGAUUCUAUCGUUGAUGAUAAGACAGAGAUGUCUUGGGACGAACGUCGUUUUAUGCAAAACGCCGAAGAAACAGUAGAGUUGAGAAAUGAACAUUAUCAAAUCUCUUUGCCAUUAAAAAAUCGUUAGGCACCAGUACCAAACAACAUUUCUCAGGCUAUGCAGCGCGCAAACUGGUUGAAAAGGAAACUGAAGAGAGAGCCGAGAUUGUUGGAAGAUUAUAAAGUCUUCAUGGAAGACAUUGUGUCUAAGGGUUACACACGCAAAGUUCACCCGAUCAGAAUAGCCUCGAACAAGGCAGAGCCUGGUACAUAGUUUUGGAUCAUCAUUUUCGUCGAAAGAAGAGUACUCUCCAAGUGUGUCGGCCGCCAAGGCCCAGUUUGUGAACAGAAAAUGGCUGACCUCCCUGUUGAUCGUCAGACUCCUGACCGACCUUUACGUCCGUUGGGAUUGAUUGUUCUUUCCAAGUACGCCGUGGUAUAAGCCUUGUGGAAAGAUAAGGAGUCAUUUUUACCUGCUUAGCUGUCCGGGCGGUUCUCAUAGAGGUCGCACACAUCUUGGAAACAGAUUCUUUUUUUUUGAUGGCAUUAAGACGAUUUAUAGCGAGAAGGGGCCAAGUUAAAGAGAUCAGAUCAGACAAUGGUACCAACUUCACUAGAGGCGAGAGAAAACUUAGGAAAUCUAUCAUUGCAUGGAAUCACAACGAAAUCUGUCAAGCUCGAUUACAGAAGAAUAUCAAGUGGAUAUUUAACCCCCAUAUGAGUCACUACCCGCAAGAUAGUUUCAAGUGAUUCACAAGACCCGGAGCUUUUGACACCUAACCAUUUGCUUCUUUUGCAAUCAGAACCUCAGAUGCCCCCUGGAUUAUUCCAAAAGGAGGAUUCUUUGUCGCGACGCAGGUGGAGACAAGUGCAAUAUCUUGCCGACACUUUUUGGAAACGAUGAUUUAGAGAAUAUCUGCUCCUGCUCCAGAGCAGACAGAAAUGGACAUCGCUUCGCUGGAGAUCAGCGCGGAAAAUUCACCUCGCAACACGUGGCCUCUCGGUAGGGUUAUCGAAGUUCUCACCUGCAAGAAAGGUUUGGUUCGGCGUGCCGAGGUGAAAGCAAAGAGAGCCGUUGUGGAGAGAUCGAUUGAUAAACUUUGCCUGCUUUUGGAAGCUUGAGCUUUCCCGCCGAAUGACUUUCGUGUAUCCCAUGACUGCAUUUAAUCGAGGACUAUUGAAAGAGACACUUAGAACUAAUUCAAUUAUAAUAUAAGUGCCUCGCACGCACUCCGCACUUAGGGGCCGGUAUGUAAGUUCUAAGUGCGACAUUUUUUUCUUGUUGGAUUCUUCACGUGUUCAAAGUCUAUUAUUUAAGUCUUUCACCCCGUGACUAGCGAACGUUCACACUUAUUGUUUCAUAAAUGCCUUUUUUUGUCAUUUUAUUGCCACGUUAUUACCUCCCUAUUGCUACCUCGCAUUAUUUAUCGAUGUACAUAAAGCAGUAAUAUGCCUGUCCUCUCGUUUUUCGCGCUUAGCGCAGUUCAAUAACGUAUCGCCGUUUUCGCUCGUCCCUUUCCUUUAUUUUUUUUGGCCUUAGCAUUUUUCAAUAUCAAUACUGGUCUUUUCUGUGGCCGUAAAAAUGUAAGUGUUUUCUAGUCCUCUUUCCGUCGUGUUGGUUGUUAUUUCUUCUUAUCAUAUAUUGUGUAACUUUUGUAAUUGUUUGUUAUUUUAGUUUCAACCUACGUCGUUUACACCGGAGAGGAGUUAAAGUAAAUUGUACUUAUUUCUACGCGAGGAGGAGUUGUUUAUUCCGUGGCCAAAAAUUUCGCAUAGUGUAGUUUCACUUCCACUACCUACGUGUUUCUCCUCGUGUUCGUCUCGUGCGUGGUUCCGCUGGCCGGAAUAACGCAACAAAAACAUGAAAUGAGGCCUUUCUCAGUCUACCUGGAGCUUUACAAUAUUAAUUUAGGCGAAAGUCUCUUGCGCACACUUUGGGCUAAACCUCGUUUGUAAAUGCAGUUUAAUUCUUUUCAUCACCACUUUACACCUUAUUGUUGUUCACAGGUAAUGGCAGGAUGUCCUCUGCCGGGAAGUGGUCGAGGGGAUAACGUGCUGAAGCUUCUUAAGGUUCUUGCACCCAUUCUACAACCUAACUUGGUAGAGAUGUGGGACACAGUGAUUCCUAAACUCAUGCAGUAUUUAGAAGGUGCGUCAAAACUUCAAGAAAUGUGCAUCAUUGAUCAAAUUUAACCCAACACUUCGAUUUUGGGGUAAUUUAUGUGUUCGUUGGAUAUGCGUAAUGUUGUUACUCUGUCUUUGCAGAAAACACGGAAGAUAAAGAAAAAUGGAGUCAAAAAGCUUGGGAGGACUUAGUACUGAAGGUGAGUGAAACGUGACGGAAGACAGAGAUAUUAGGAAGAGGCUGAGCGCUUUUAGAUUGAGUGUCGUAAAACCAAACCCAAAGUAAUCACAACGGUCAAUCAGAUGAAAGGAAAAUACCUUUAGCGGCCAAUGAGGACUCAAAGUAAAACCCACCAAAUUGCUCAAAGCGCGGGAAAACGCGAGCGACCAAGUUGUGAUUGGUUUUGCAUCUGAUUGGUUGAGAUAGUGGUGUGAGUUUUCCUGACCAAUUACAAAGCGAAUUUAAAGAAGAAUAUUGAAUUCCUGGUGAAGCCUUUUUUUUUUUUUAACGGUGAUACCACUGAAGUCAUUAGCGUUUAGAUCCCUUCUCUUAAGGGAGAUCUGAGCAGAAUUCAGAAAUGACUUAUCCUUUAGUUGUUUUCUAUUUAAACAUUGAGGCUACUUUAAUCCUUACAUAAACUUUAAACUAGAGUUUACUCUAAAUACAUUCAACAAACUUAAAUUUAGAUAUAUCAUAAACAAGUUUACUUUUUCACUUAUUUGGUCCUCUCUCACCUGUAAACCAAACAUCAGUUUGGGAAGAAUAUUCCCUAGAGUGGAACCAUUUCAACAGGACAAUUGUUUCUCCAUACUGUUCCCUUUAUGUUUCCUACUUUCCUUACAAGGAGAAUUUGUUUAACGAUCAAGAGCUACUUGGGUUCGCGAUCGUUUGCUUCAUUCUUAUGAUCGUUAUGUUUUGAUCCAGGAAUGAUACUCUGGGGAGAAUAUAGAUGCUUAUCACUCGUAAGGGUAGAGGGUUAACUUAAGAAAUGUUUGAGAAUGAUAGAUAUUUGCCUUUUUUCCUGUUUUCAGUUUGUUUCGAAGAGUGUUGAUGAAGUGGAUUCUGAGGAAUGGGUGCGUUCGCUCGGAACAGAAAUGGCAAAACAGAUAUCACUAUAUACAAACUUCCCAGAAGAGAAGGUAGUGUAUGUGCUACACUCUCAUCAGCGUUCGGAGUUUUUCUUUACGUUCUUUCGUCACAGAUGAAUAUCCUGAUAUUUCAUUCGAGGAUCAAUCUCAAACUCUGUAUUUUAUCAUUGACGACCCCAGUAGUAUGCGAGACGCAUACCAUAUAGGCUAAGUUUAUUUCCUACUAUAUCCAGGGCUCUCAGUGGGCCAGUGAUGUAGGGGGGAGGGGUAGAGAGGUGUUUCACAUAAUUUUUAUGAUUUUGCGUCAUGUUACCCAUAGCGUUUUUCUUUUUCCUUUUUUUUUCCUCGUCCACAGAACUUCCUCUUUAAGAGCCUUGGUGUUGUUCUGAACAAAGUGGGAAACAAAGAUUUUGUUCAAAAUCACCUAAACAUUAUGUUUAGUUCAGUGAAGCAUUCAAGUCAACUAGAGAGAGAGGUGAGAUUAAUGUCUUUUCAUGACGACAAUGUUUUUAAGCCUUGAGUUCAAAUUUACUUAGAUGCAAUUUUUUCUGCAGAACUUGUAGCACCAAAACUGCCGGUGCCCUUAAUGAGGCGCUCAAAGGAGUGAGUCUGUGAUGCUAAAAUAUCUAUGUUCGGAAACAUAAUUUACUUUAAUUUUUUUCUUUAUUAUCAUUCCAGGGCUGUGCAAUAGGCAUCGGAUUUUCUGCCAGUACUAAUCUUGACCAAGUGUUACUUAAACUGGAGCAGGUGUCUAAAAACGAGAUGUCCAAAAAAUCUUCAGGAAUCUUGAGUUUUAUGAAGGUAUGAUUGAAGUAAAAAUCACUGACUACAAUUGAACAAAGGGCUGUAUCCACAUAAAAUAUAAGGAUUGAUUUUGUUCGUUUUUCGAUCCAACAUAAUGAGCCAUGAUGCAUAUUUCUUGAAUUACAGGAGGCCACUUAGCUUGAACAUAUCGGGAAUGCCUUUGGUUCACGUUUUGGUUAAAGGAAAAGUUUCGUUGUCAUGAUUGGUUAAAAAAUGAUGCACUUGUUUCUCAAACGUUAGUAAAUCGGCCUCCUCCUAUCCAGUCGUGUCAUGAAACCUACGAGCGACUGCUGACGAGUUUAUGGCACAAAUGACCGUAAAAGGAAGAAACAAAAUGACGUCUCUCUAGCAGAGUGGCGCCUGGGAAAGAGGCGUGUGCAGUGAGCAAAAGCUGGAAAUCGAUAAUAUCGUCAUUAAACAUGGUCAAAACAAGUUAACUUCCUGUAACCUUAUUCUUUUUCCCCCUAGGACAAAUCCGAUUCUGAAACAGAAAAAAUAAAGAGCACAGUGAUGUUAUGCUAUGGAUACACGGUUCUGUACGGUCCACCAGGGUUAGUAAAUUUAUAUUUACAUCCUUUUUUUGCUUCACUUUUCGGAUCGUCGACGUGUAGUGUAUUGAAUUUGGACUUCAUUAUAUUACAUGUACGAUCCAGUUAUGCAGGAGCCAAAAGAGAACAGCUGUCAUCAACGUGGGUUGUCUGAACUGUAAACAUGUUCACAAUCGGUCCAAUCAGCAUUACAUUAGAUGUAUUGGAGUUGUUAUGCUGACGUUACAUUUUAAUCUUUGAUAUAAAUGCUCAACUAUUUUUCCCCUAGUUUCGUUAACAGCACUAAGGGAAGACCUUAAGUUUUUCCUAAUCUCUUUUCAGUUUGAUAACGUCCAGGCUAGAGACCAGUAUUUUUCGAGUCAUUAGUCGUCAUUAUGGAAACGUGAAGGUAAAUAUGACUUCGGUUUAGAAUCUUCAUGAUGUGUGCUGUUUCCCACCAUCAUUGAUGGCUCAUUUGACACAUUUUUGCAUCCUCAGUGAUAAUAUAUCUGUUGAAACAAUGUGUAUAAAUACUUUCACAUUUGAGUAGCAUCUUUUACCAUUAAUUUUUCGACUCUCUCAGGACAUGCACGUCAAACAGAACCUCAUUCGAACAACCGAGCUCAUCGGAAAAGCACUGGAACCUAGUCGACUACAGCAACCAGAGUUUAUCUUCACGAAACGAAAGGAACUUAUCAAUCACAUGUUGGUGGGUUCUGGAGAAGAUUGCAAAUCAGUAGCAAAUAUAAUCAAACAUUUUAUCAGACUUAGUAGAAUUAAUAAGGAGUUAUGAGAAUUGUAAGUGCCAAAUUGUAAUAAGGACUCUUUUGUGUAGGCGUACAUGAAAGCAGAACCGCCAUCCAUUGUCACAACAGAGACUCGUGCCCUGGCGAUGGACGCAUGCGCGAGUUUAACGUAUCCUUUGACGUUUUGUUGAAGCCUAUUGCAGUUUUCUUAUCGAGAUUAAGUAAAAUCUUCAAUCGUGUUGAAUGUGUUCCCAUGAGACUCUCCCAAACUAAAGUCUGAGUCAAGUGUCCCAUUCAGCCGGAGCUUAUCCCGGCUUCCACGGCAAGAAGCGACCAGAAGUAUUACUACCCCUUCCCUGGAUGGGAUGCCGGUCCAGCGCAAGGUUAACUCCAAGCAUUUCAUCAGUCUUCCCUGAUAAUUCGAUUGGACCUAUUUAUACUCCUGGGUGGAGAGAGGCAGCAUGAUUCUUUUUAAUUUUUCCCUAAGUUCCUUCUUACCGUUUGGGACAGACUGUAUCUUUGAAGUCAUGUGUGGUGAACGAAAGUUUAAGGAGACUUUCAUAUGAAGCAUUUUAGAGAUCAGGAGGUGUAUCGCCUCAGUGGUGCUAUUAGGCUUUAAGUAUAAUUCCCGAGGCUUCCACUCGGAUUUGGAAUAAGUGGCUGAAACUCGGCUAUUGGUUUUCUUUGACUCGCAUUUUCUUAACUGAAUAUUAGGAAACUUAAUCCCAGAUUCACAGAUGCUGAGGUUUUUGAGAUUGUUAAAACAAGCACGGACUGUGUAUUUGCGGUACACAGUGGAGAACGAUCUACUUCCCCUGCAGGAAAACACCAGAAAAUUGAAAUCGAAGCGGUAAGCACUUUGGGCAAUCGUUGUUACCCGAGAAUAUUCCAUCCUGAUUUAACAAAAGGAGAGAGGAUGUUCAUUUGAAUUAAGGUGCUUUUGUUGCGGAGACUGAAAUAGUAUUUUCUCUGAAAUCUGAUCAACUGUCAACGUUUUCUUUCCUCCUACUCGUUAAUUAAUGUUGAAGUUGCCAGUUGCUUCCAUUAUCAUGUUAGUCUCCAACAGACAUUCACAUUCCACGCUUUAUUGUUUCUUGAUAUAUCGAUUAUUUUUUUCCUUAACAGGAGAAAGAUCCCAAUGUUUUACUAAAACAAGCACUGGAGAGUUUGCAAAAGCUAUUGAAAGGACUACUCCUUCAAGAUCCGGUCCCACCUACACUUGAGAACAUUUUUAAAGUAGGUUAAAUUUAACUAGUGACGUAAGACCUUGAAAUGCAGCAUUGGUUUCAGGUUUUAUAAGCCUCUAAGUCAUUUGAUUAUGCUGUGAUUCUGUUUGAUCAUAGCACAUUCAAGAGCCCUGGCUAGUGUCCACUGCUAGUGUUGAACGUGAGCGGGCAGUGGAUACUAUUUUCGCCCUACUGCAGGCAUUCCGCGACAACAUGCUACUGACCGUGGGAGGGGUAAGUACCAAUAUGGAAUGUUACAAAAUGUUAAAAAACAGCUUCGAAUGGAAAAGAUUACGGCUUUUUCUGAUUGAGUGGUUUUUUUUUUUUUUGCUAUUUUUGCUGAGCGUUUUCUUAUUCCUUGUCUCACUCUAACAAAGGUGAACUUCUUUUUUCCAAAGAAAACUACUUCAUUUAGCAUGGCUGGUCCUUUGUUGGCUCGCCUCAUUCCCCGUUGUACAGAUCCGGUCAUAAUUAUCCGACAAACAGCGGUGGACUGUGUACAGUGUGUGCUGAAAAUAGCUGCGCGUUUUGAAGGUAUUCUCGACGUUUCGUAACUUUAUCUCUUCCCUGAACAAGUAGGCCGGCUCAAGGAAUUUCAAAACGCUAAUCAUUUGUCAUGUUAAUAGUCGAUAAACGAGAGCAGUGAAGAAGUUAUCGAAAGUAAAAAACUAAAGAAAUGCCAGUAUAUCCCCUUUGUAACUGCUCAACUGCUCGUAAAAUCGCGUGUUUCUUUAUUGUAUAAUUAAUCUGAUGUUGUGUUUGAUGAUUUCAGGUUAUUCUCUGGAGAGUAAGGAUGAACUGGUCGAUGCAUUACCGACUCUCAAAAAAAGAGCAACAGAAGAUGAUCCCAACAUUCUGUUUAGCGUCGCUAGUGACUUGUCUAAGGUAAAUUUCUUUCUUCCAAUCCGGCGAUGCAAAUUUCAUAGAAAAGACUUCAAAGUGAGGCUAUGGUUACAACCGAAUUUUGAGUAUUUUCAAGUACAAAAGGAUAAUGCUUCUACUUCGUAAAAACCGUUCAUUUUAGGUGCUUUUUGUAGAUACAUCUUUAAUCUUCAAAAAGCCGUGCGUUGAUUAGAAGUAAGCACUUCUAAAACUCAGAAAGUGAGUUUUGCUAAGCCUCGUGGGCUAAUUUUGGCCAAUUCUUCUCUAAUUUAGCGGUCCUUCAAAGCGAGGUCGCGUAUGAAUUUGCCGCGUUAUCGGUUAUGAAUAAUUAAUGAUGUCCACGCAUUCUGCCCGAUGAUUAAGCUGGUCAUGUAGUUCACGUUAUUGUGUCUUUUUCGUCCCAGGUUGUCGCCAAAAAACUUCAGAGCGAGCAUAUGUCGUCAUUCGUGCUCACUUUGUUGGAAGGUUUAACAGACUGUCAAUCUCACAGUUCAAGUGGUUCAUGUGUCGUACUCAACAGCAUUAUCAGGAUAAGAGGACAAGAAAUAAGGAAAGAUGUAAGCAUUGACUGAAUAGAUCAACUAGAACAGUAGCAACUAGCCGCUGUUCGGGAAAUGGCGCCCACGUCCCGGGAGGAAUAAAUACCGGGGUCGAUAAAGCGAUGGAAAGCGAUCCUGCUUGAAUACCUUUUCACAAAGACUCUUUAACAUUAGGGAAAGAACUCAAAAUAAAAUGUUUUGUAUGCUUGAUAAUAAUUAAGAUGGAAAACAAAGCGUAUGAGUAUAAGCUACAACGUUCGUAAAAGUUCUUGAGGCAUUUUUACUUUUGUGUCAUUGUUGGUAGCGAUAAGAUUAAACCGAUUAAAGAAAAUAGAAGAAUUUAAAGAGGGUUGUCGCCCCUUUUUUUUUUACCUCUAGGUUUUAUUUAAGUAGUGAUCAAGUGAUAUUAGUUUCCUGUUGAAUCGUUUUCAAAACUUAUGUGGGCUCGCCAUUACUACGUUAACAGUGAGUACUGUGUAAUUUGGAAGAAAAUUCGCAGCAUGUCAUAAACUCACUUUCAUCAGAAAGCUCACAUCUGUGCUGCUACUGGACUGAAACACUUGUGAAAGAGAACAUUGUCUGAAAUAAGAAUAUUAUUACAUCGCUUGUAUCAUUUCAUUUUCAUUCUUAUAACAGUUAUUAAUGACGACUCAACAAAAUUCUCAUUCGUAGGUUGGUAAUCUGGUGAAGGAACUCCAUACCAGUCUUAUGAACAUCACACACGCACAGACCAGGACGGGAACUCUUCGCGUAUUCAGAACGCUCGCGUCACAUCAUCUAGUUCCUGUUCUCACGGGACUUCUAGAGUUUCCCUUACCUUAUGAUCAGUAAGCCUAAGAGUUGGUAUUUAUUAUUAAACUCAAGUAUGCCUCGUUAAAAUGUCGAUAUCCGUACGUUAAAGUAUGAAUAAUUGAUAAUUUUUAGUAAGAGAGAUCUUAUCUCUUUCCAAAUUGGAAAGCUACGAUUUUUUUAAAGUUCUAAACUUGCCCUUGAAGUGGAAUGGUAUCUAGCCAGAUUACUCUAAAAUGACCCCGUUAUUUCAAUGACAAGUUGACGUAAACAGAAGGUACUAAAGCUAAGUUUGCAGGAGUAAGUUUUGAUAAAAAAUUCAGACAUCAUAGGAAAAUUGACUCUGAUGGUGACUUCCACUCACCAUGUCAAAACGUCAGUCGUUGCUACCGACAACAGAUUCGUGCAGGACCACUCUUACCUGUCCGAUCAGACUACAGCAAAAAAAAAUUGUCGAGGACACUUAUCAAACAAAACUUUCUAGAGUAUAAUUUUCAUUUUUCUUCCAACCCCUUGCAAUCCCUUUUCGUGUCAUGUACGCUAAGACAGGAUUUAUACUUGCUGUAUUUAACAAUGCUCUGUUGUUUUAGGCACGUGCUGGAUAUCUGGAAAACAAUGGCCGGCGAGUCGAACCUAUCCCUUAGCAUAUUCGACUACAUUCUGGAUUUAUCUCUGAGGUCUCUGCCAUACCAAGAGAAACCAAACCCUAAAAACAAAAAGGAAACUAUCAGAGUAGCGACUGCACAGCCUACUGCGGUGAGCUAUGAUACCUUCCUGAUCUUAAGUGACAGGUGCACACUUCUGGGCAGCAAUUAUUUUUUAUUGUUAUUUGUUUUUUUACCGUUAUCGUAAGCUAAUGAAAGAGUGACAAUCGUGUCUCAAAAGUGACGCUGACGCUGAGUGACGUUCCCUCCGACAGAUCACGUGUGGUUUGACUGAGAUGUUACGUUCGGAAGAGAAUGGCGAAGUGGUCUUGGAGCAUUUUCCUCGGCUCUUCUCCAUGGCCCUGGUACGUCUAGGUACUUCGGUGAACCUGCUACCUCCUGAGCCGCCUCAGUCUUCAGGAAAAGACAAGCAGAAGGGACCAAAAGUGGACCCUUUGGCGUAAGUCCUCCUCUUAUGUUGUAAUAUAAAGUUGCCAACGCAAACACUUCUUUCUGGUGGUAUGAUAAAACCUCAUACUGAACAGAUCCAGCGUUAGUUGCCAGCGCAGUUCUGAACCCCGUCUAUUCAAUGGUAUUCUUUAAGGUGUAAGUUGCUAGUCUUGGAUUACUCACGCACGCUUGCAGGUUAUAAGAGCACGAUUUGGAAGAAUUAUGUAAAUUCAGUCAUUAUGGGGUCGUGGGCGGGAAUAUAAGAGAAAAAGUACUUAGCGAAAAUUUGUGUUGGAAAAGUGCGUGCAGGCUUUAAAUUGCGGCGUAUUAAUGAGGGACUUUCAAAUGCUGUGGUUGAAGCAACUAGAAUUUGUAUUUGUUUAUCAUCAAGAACUGCGAAAGUAUUUUGUAUUUGUUUUUAUUUCUAUUCAUCGAAUUCGCGUUUUUGCGUGAGGUUAUUUAAGGUUUACGUAACGCCGGUGGCCAGUAUAGGCAUUUUUGCUAGAUAUUUUCAUUAGCUAGUUGACCACAACUAGGGCAGUCGUUCCGUUGGUUUUUGCAAGCGCCGUAGUACUUUUGUUUAAGAGUUUUUGCCAUCGGAUCAGGUUAACGCCACAAAUUGUAAGUUCAUUUCUGUUUCAUGGAGCUUUGUUGUUAUUCUUUUCGUUAUCAUUUUUGUACUUGAAAAUUUAUCUUUAUUAUUAAUUUUCAGUCGAAUCACAUUUACACGUUUACACAUUUACACAUCUUUCGUCUUUACAUUUAUCUAUCUUGAAGUUAUUAACAUGCAUUCAAGUUUAGCGUAAACCUGUAGUAUUUAGCUACACUUCAUUCGAAAUUUUGUGCAUGUAUUGAAUAUGGAUGGCACCGGUGAUUUCUUUCCGGAAAAUGAUAUUGGAAUAGAAAGCAAGACAAUUGAUACGGCAACGCCCGCUCUAGGGUUUUCGCUGAUGACACUCCUGUAACGGCGAACGUUAAAAAAAGUAAACGGCGUUCGCGUGCUGGUUAUCAAGAGUUCAUGUCAUUUCUCUUUUUAGAGAAACUGAAAUUUUACUCCUUAACAAGCAGAAAAGGGAACUCGUCAACAACAAUCUUAAAGUUAUCCAUGUAGUUUUUCAGGCAUUUGAAAGAUUCUCCGCACUGUCGCGCUUUGUGUUCAGCAGAUAACUUUCAUUUUUUAGAUUACGCCUCUACCGGUUUUCAGCUUAAGAUAAAAGAGGUUAUUCAUAUUCAAGGAGAACAAACAUCUUUGAAUCAACAAUUACACCAUGUAAAUCUAAAACUCUUUUAAAUUCUCACACUUGCAGCUUUACCUCUUUUCUUGUGGUCACUAUUCAUCAUAAUUAGCAUUGUUCUACUUACUAUAGAAUUCAACUUUCAACGCUUUGUACAGUAAUUAACUGAAGAUGACAGAAGUUUCUGUCGAAACAUUUUUUGCAAACUCAAAAGUUUUGUCGCUUUCUUUAAAUAUCCAUGCAGUAUUUGCAAAUUAGGAACAAGCGGCAUAUUUCCUAUAUGAAAAGCCUCGAUAAUAUGGAAGAGAUACGGUGGGCAACUCUGGAGUUUGAAAGUCGUGUUAAUGAUAAAUUCAAAUUCAAUCAAGGCGUCGAGGAAUGGAUUGCUAGCUUUACUGUACAGACAUUUUUAUCGUUGGACGACAUUCGACCAAGAGAUUCUUUAGGUCAUCACAGCGCUUCAAAAACAAAAAGCAGACAGCGUUGAAGUUCCCGCUUAAGUGUGAAAAUAGUGGGAGCGAAGGUCAAACAGGCGGUUUCUAAGUUACGGUUACAGCAAGCAAAGAAAAGAUUAGAAUUAAAGAAAAGGUGCGAAGCUUUACUCCGGCAACAGGAACUUUUAGACGCACAGAACAACAAGGAAACAGCUACACUCGAAGCGCGAAUUUUGGAAGCCAGCAUCAAAGAGAAAAGGUUUUUAGUGCACCGUCGUUAAAUUCUGAGUGCGUUGGAAAGAAAUCCUCCGUGGAUAGACCGAAUGAGGUGAUACCUCUUGGGUCGAGUCGUGUCGCAACUCGUUAAGCGGAAUAUUUACCUGGUACAGCUUCACAUGGUAACCUGUUGAAUCCCUAUUAUCCUCAAUGGUCUGCCAAAUCGUCUGAUGGAAGUUUUUGGCAAUUUGUAAAACAGCAGCAGCAGCUGAUGUAGUUUCAGCAGCAAGCGUGUCAGUCUAUGGCAUCGACGAUAAGGCAAGGACUUUCUUUGCCUAAACCCGAUCUCAGUUCGUACGACGGCAACCCCCUCGAAUUUGGAGUUUCAUGCGAUCAUUUGAAAACAACAUUAAGAAGAAUACGUCAGAUGAGGAUGAAAGGCAGACCUUUCUACUCAAGUAUUGUACUGGCCACGCAAAGACGCCAUCAAGAGUUGUGUCACCAUGGAUCCCACGUCGGGGUACCGAACGGCGAGGAGAGUUCUUAAAGAUCGCUUUGGUAACCCCUUCGUAAUUGCCACUGACCACAUCAACCAGGCAACACGUGGACUACCUGUGAAGCCUAAGGAUCGGAAAGGAUUAUAGACCUUUGCAGAUCAGUUGAAAGACUGUCAAACGGUGCUGGAGUCCAGGGCGUGAAAUUAACUUUUUUUUUUGAUAGCCACUUGGCUCCUAAAUUCUUCAAAGUGGUAGCCAAUUCAAAAAAAGUUGGUCGCCAUUUUCAAAGACAAACAAAAUCUUUCUUUACGCUGUCAGUGUUCUAGAUAGACCCUCCAAAAUAAGUUGGGGAAAAGAUCUUUAACGUGCUACAAAGUGGACACUAGGAUGGAUGAUAUACAACGUUCAGGCUCAUCUAAAUCCAAGAUGGCGUCUAGUUAUCGAUCGAGAUGCAUGUGCUACGUUUUGGAAACAAACUUAACGAGGAAGUUUGCCGCGGAUUUAUCUUUGCAAAUCUUUUUAAUUCACUAUAUCUCUUGGUAAGGUUAUGAUGAAACGUUCUAGUCGCCAAUUUGGCGACUAACUUUCAGGAUUUGGUCGCCAAAGUGAAAAAUUUAGGCGCAUUGGCCCCUGUAUUAGGCGUAAUUUCACGCCCUGGAGUCAAUUGGAUAUUUGAGUGAAAGUGGACAGCAUUCAUGAGUCCGGUCAGCGUUCCAGGAUGCAUCAUUUUUCAAGUUUCGUUUCAAAAAGAGCCCGAGCUGCUAACAAUCCAGUCUCGAGUGGUGUGCUUUAUAGCGAAAAUGGUAAAGGCAAAAAGGAUACAUCGGAUAGAAGGCCGAGACCUCAAAAUACAAUGGCAACUUCUUACGCAGCGCAUGGAAACUCUAUAAGACCCAGUUCCUUUGUACCACUAGGAAGGGAAAUUCAGAAUUGUCAGCCCUCCUGGAGACAAAGACGUAGUGGGAAUGGGAAAUGUUUGCUUUGUGACGCACCUCAUUAAUUACUGAUGGAAUUGUGAAAUGUUUAAGAAGAAACCCUUUUGAAGAUCGAAUGAAGAUAGUUCGUGACGCAAAACGCCGCAGCAAUUGUUUUAAAGUGACACACUUUGCAAGUGGAUGCAUGCAGAAGAGUGGAUGUUACAUCGAAGGUUGUACUGGAAAACACAUGACUGUUUUUCACCCCCCGGAACGUUAUUUACAGACGAGGCGAAGUAACGGGACGAACAACGACGACGUCAAGGAAGCUAGCCCUAACAACCAAUCCAAUGUGAGAGACGCUUCAGACCACACCAGCCCGAAUCACGCAAUUGGGGCUGGUGUCUGUAAACCAGGAAGUACUAGUAACGCUAGUGCAGUUUGGAGGAAAGUACGUUUGAGGGUCGUCACUGUGAGAGUGCAAGGAAAGCAACCAGGACAAGUAGGGGAAACGUACGCAUUGGUAAGCAAUGGUUCCGAUGUGUCUCUUUGCGAUAAAAGGCUCAUCCAAGAGUGAGGAUUUAGCGGAAUCCGUGAGAAUUUCUACCUAACAACGCAGGAGAGAAGAAACAGUGCAAGGACGGGAUUCGAGGUUAACCUGAUCGUCAACUCGCUUGAUAGUGGAUCAAGUUUAGAAGUACCUAAAGUUUGGACAGUGGAGCGUCUCAACAUUUCCGAGCAAAGCAUACCAGCAGACCGAGAUGUAAACAGAUGGCCUCAUCUGAACAGAAUUGAAAUCCCAGAAAUUGAGAACAACGGGGGAAGGGGGUCCGAUUACUCAUUGGAUGCAACGCACCUGAAGCUUUUUGGGUUCUCGAAGAGAGACGUGGUAAUAAAGGUGAUCCAGUGGGUAUUCGAUCGUUACUAGGCUACACGAUAAUAGGACCAACCCAGAAAAUUGGAGAUCAGGAAAGCGUGAAUGUGAACUUCAUACGUUUGGAAAGCCACAAUGAUGAUAAAAAAUCCUUCUAAAGCAAGUGGAGAAGUUUUGGACAACUAACUUUGUCAAUAUCAAUAUCAACUAACGAUUCAAUAUCAAGUACGAAAGUGUCUAUGUUAUGAGAAGAUGAACAAGCUAAAGAAUAAUGGAGGGAUCUUCCAAGCUUGCGUCUGGUCAUUACCAAGUAGCACUUCCGCGGCGAAAACAACCACAUUUGCCAAACAACAGAAUCCUUACAUUUAAAAGAUUACAGCUGGUGAAGAAGUUUCUUCGUGAUGCCAAAUUGUUUGAAAGCUACAAGAGGACUAUUGAUGACUACAUCACAAAGGGCUACGCCCAACGAGUACAUAAAGAAGAGCUGGAUGCCGAUGGCAAGCCUCUCUGGCAUCUUCCACACCAUGCCUUCUUCGAUCCUAAUAAGUCUGGGGAACUGAGAGUGGUGUUUGACAGCGCAGCGCGACACAAAGGGACAUCGCUCAAGGACCAACUACUAGGUGGUCCAGACUUGUCUAAUAGCUGAUGACUUACCUAGCGAGUCUGUUGAGCACGGAAUGAGAGUACACCUUUUUGGUAGAAGCUGUGCCAGUUUUGGUCUUCGAAAGACGGCUCAAGAUAAUGUAGAAGACUUUGACCACGAAGUGAUCGACACAAUAUUGAAGAACUCUUAUGUGGAUGACUGUUUGAAAUCUGUGCAAUCAAAUGAAGUGACCAGUAAAUUGAGAGACGAUUUGUGUACCUUGUUGUCAAGAGGUGGAUUUCAAUUGACUAAAUGGUUGUGUAACCGGAGGGACGUACUUGAAACUAUUCCAAACUCAGACUGAGCUUCAUUAAUUUUGGAUUUGGAUUUAAAUCCUGACGUACUUCCUAUUGAAAGAACCCUUGGUUUUCGGUGGAACAUGAAUAGCGACAUGUUUACCAUCAAGAUAGUACCAAAGGAUAAGCCCUUUACACGAAGAGGAAUUCUAUCUGUGACUAGCCCUAGUUAUGAUCCACUUGGCAUGGUGUCACCCAUCACCUUACAAGCGGAAAAGUUCCUUCAAGAUCUCUGCAAAAAAGGACUCACCUAGGAUGAAGAGAUAAGAAGAGAGAAAUUUCAGCCUUGGAGACGACGGCUAUCUGUUGAUCCACUACCUUGUGGGAGGCUGUCGAUAAAUGAAUUAAGACAUGCAGAAGCUCAAAUCAUCAAGUACGUGCAAAAAUCAGCUUUCUCGCGAGUGGUUAAAGCCCUCUUAGACGCGAGUCCAGAAGAAUCCGAGAAGCGUAAAUUGAAGAUUAUCGGCUCAUUUGGUUCGGCGAACAAAUUAAGACCAUUUCUGGAUGGAGAAGGGUUAGUGGUCGGAUUCAAAAUUCUUCAUUGGAUUACCAAUCGAAAAAUCAAUUGCUGUUACCCUCAAAGCACCAUGUUACCAAGCUGCUCAUCGUGGGCAUUCAUGAGUCGGUGGGUCAUCUAGGCCAAGAAUAUGUCCUUACCUGUUUGAGACAAAAGUACUGGAUUGUCAAGGGACGGGCAGCUGUUCAAAGAGUACAUGCCGGAAACAAAAUGCUGCAAAGGGCCAACAAUUCAUGGCAGAUUUACCUAGCGACAGGCGUAUUCCAGAUGAACCCUCGUUUUCUAACGUUGUUAUAGAUUUCUUUGGUCCGAUGUACGUGAAGUAAGGUUGAAGUACAGUUAAGCAUUACGAAUGUCUUUUCUCUUGCUAGCUAUCCGAGUAACCCACAGUGAAGUGAUCGAUUCUUUCGAAACAGAUUCGGUUAUCAACACUCUUCGCAGAUUCAUCAGCAGAAGAGGAAUGCCAAAGAUGAUAAGAAGUGACAAUGGUACGAACUUAUGUCGCGGAGACAGAGAAAUCCGUGAGGCUGUAAACAACUGGAAUAAGCAGAAAAUAGGUUUUCCUACACCUGAAGAAUAUCAAGUGAAAGUUUAAUUCCCCUGGAGCUUAACACGUGGGAGGAGUCUAUGAACACGUGAUUCGUUCUGUGAGAAAGAUCUCAAGAGUCCUUCCUAAGCAACUAUUGCUUUUUCGGAGAGGCAUUGCGAACUUUGGUGGCAGAAGUUCAGGGAAUUCUCAAUGGCCGACCAACCGUGGCAGUCCUAUUGAUUCAGAACCAUUGACUUCUAACCAUUUGUUACUUCUUUGAUCGAAUUUAAAUUUGCCGCCAGGAGUAUUCUGUAAGAAUAAUUUGAACUGCUGAUGUCGCUGGAGGCAGAUUCAUUACCUCGCUGACGUGUUUUGGAGAUGGUUAUCGGAAUAUAUACCAAAUUUUCGAGAACGGCAGAAAUGGAUCAGACCACGUCGUAAUUUUGCUGUUGGUGACCUGGUUUUAAUUGCUGAGGAAAGAGUUCACCGCAGUCAGUGGCCUUUUGCUCGCGUCCUCGAAGUUUACCCGAAGUUUACCCAGUCAAGGUGGCGACAAAGUCCUCUACAUUCACAAGGCCAAUUUCAAAGCUUUGUUUCCUCGAACAAGAGAGCUUACCCCCGACGAAGGACUCUACUUACUUUACCAGACUAUCGUGUUGUUUAUUGAAACUGAAAGGCCUUUGAAUUUGUGCACCAGAUGUGCAUGAACUUUGAACACUAGCGGACUUACUUCAGAGACUCUAAUGUUAAUUAUUAUUCAAUUCUAGUCGCCCAAUACUUUAAGUGAACUUAAUUUAGUUCAGGGGCCGGAAUGUAGCUACUAGAAUUUGCACUUGUUUAUCAUCAAGAAUUGCAAAAGUAUUUUAUCUUGUUUUUAUUUCUAUUCAUCAAGUUAGCAGUUUUGCGUGACGUUACGUAAGGUUUACGUAGGUAGCCAGUAGAAGCGUUGUUUUCCUAGAUAAUUUUCACUUGCUAGUUGACCUCAAGUGGGGCAGUCGUUUCGUUGGUUUUUGCCAGCGCCAUGGUACUUUUGCAUGAGAGUUUUUGCAUCCCGACCUGGUUACGCCACAAAUUGUAAGUUCAUUUCUGUUUCAUGGAGCUUUGUCGUUACUCAUGUCGUUAUCAUAUUUGGACUUAAAUUUUUUUAUUUUAUUUAUCUUCAGUCGAAUCACAUUUACACGUUUAUACAUUUACACAUCUUUCAUCUUUACAUCUGUGUAUCUGGGAGUUAUUUAACGUGCAUUCAAGUUUGGUGUAAACCUGUAGUAUUUAACUUAAGUGGUCUUUCGAUUCAUCUUUCAGUGGACGCGCUGUAAAAGUAAGUUGUCUUCGUUUUGUUUUGUUUUGUUUUUAACAGCAUUGCACUCGAAUGCAUGAAAGAACUCAUCAGUAGAUGCAAGUAUGACACACUGAUGCAAUUGAUCGACGACGAACAUGGAUGGGCGUUGUUUAGAGAUGAAAAAACUUUCCCUGAUGGCGUCUGUGCUGUCGCAAGGUACGUACUGGAAUAAUUCGAUCACAUUAGAAUUUACAGUGAAGCCCUUCUUAUUCUGACUUAAACUAUACAUUCUUUUAUAUAUUUUGAAACUCUGGAUUUAAUAAUCACUGGGGUGAACAGGGGAUUAAUUGUCGCACGAUGGCGCGAAGAUUCGAAGUUUUUGCCGAGAGAAUAAAAACAAGAAUUAUCAACGAGUGCGGCGAACGAUUUAAAUGAUGCUAUACCAUGAGUGACUAACUGUUGAACACAUUUUUCAAUAUCUUAACUUCAGAAAGUAACAUUUUCGACACUGUAUAUUCUAACACCAGCACAGCUACACAUUUUACAGCCUUCAAAAAUAAAUUUUUACUCCAUAAAUCGGCAGUGAUUGGAAAUUCCCGCGCAUAACCUUAUACAAGACGAAUGAAAAUUUUCAUUUUCACUGAUGAUAAUUCGCCGUAUUCUAUCCUUUUUUCGUUCAAACUCGCUGCUUUUCUGUUCAAGGAAUUAAAAUAUUGCUGUUUCUCCUUGGGAUGACAAAAAGCGUAAAGUUCCUGCGCUUGCGCCGGGCUGAAUUGGCGAUGUCCCCGGUAUUUCAUCCACCCUUAUUUUUGACGUGGACAGAGUCAUCGCUCACACAGAAUUGUUGAUGCUCGUGGCGAGUUCUUCGUGUAGUUAGUCACUGAUGUUGGUAACUCUGUUCUAUGUUUUAGGGCCCUCUGUAAAGCGGUCCCUCAUUUAGUUCCUAAAGUGGUUGAUCACCUGAACCCUAUAUUGUCAAGUGUCUACGAUGCACAGAGAAUCGUGGCAGCAGCGUUUAUUGCUGAGGUAUGAUAAAUGGCUGUCAAAGCCAAAAUCCUUGUAGCUAGCCCUCAGAAGCGCUCCCUCAGAUCAAAUGCCAUCGAGCUCGUUCAGACAUUACGAUCUUUGUAUGGUUUUCCAACAAAGCCCUUUUGUAACUAGAAAGUAAGACAAGUGAGAUGUAACUACGAAUGCUUCAAAACCUUGAGAAAAAUACAAAGAAACUACUUGAGGCGGGUCUUAACAGGGUCAACUUUCAACUUUCGAUGUACAAAAUUUUCUUUGAUCAGGCAAACACGGGACUUAAAUCGUCAGCCAAAAAGAAAGCUAGCUAAGGCUCUUUUUUAUCUGUCCCUCGCCAGACUUGGUCCAUUCCAAACUAUUUUAUUUCUUUCUUGUGCAUGCGGCCAUAUUGUUUGGUUUUCUCGUAGUUGAAAUUAAAUGGGAUUCUUUAAAGGAGAACUGAAGCCAAAAAUUGAGUUAAUUUCUUUCGAUAGCCAAAGUGACGAAAUUCUCGAUUUCAAGCGUUAUUUGUGCUAAAUGUGUCUUACCUUGGAGAAAUAUUUCUUUAAAGUUUGUAUUUUCGCGCUGUUUCGGCUUUCAAACCGUGGGCACCAAUUUUAAAUCAGCGGUCUUCCAAAUGAGCCUGUGACGUAUGUUAUGGGGAUCACAUUAGAACGUGUUAUCGUUCAGCUAAGUUUUAAUACAAAUUGCGUCUUCGUCGACCCUUCGUUAUGAGCGGAAUAGAACCAUUUCAGUUCGAACCAGUUUAUCAGCCUGGAGAAGAACCACCUCAGGAAGAGAGUGUAGGACAGGAGGUAGAAGCCCACGAAGAAGACAAUACUUCGAGGAUGGGAAACACCGAAUGGUGUUUGUGCGGCGCUUGUGCGCUUAUGCCGGUGGCAAAUGAAUGUUACUGCUGCCAAGAACUAGAGGAGCUUAAUCAAAAGUUCGACAAUUCAGGUUUGUACUUAUUAUGUGAUUAUUCUCACGAGUAUUUUGUUUUGAGCGACCGCUUCUUUGCUAAGAGUGACAAAAGGUGGACAAUUGCAAACUCGAUCUUAGUUGUAAUUGCAAUUACAUGGUCUGAUGGAUGAAAAUUAUUGAAACAGUGAGGGAAAUAAAAUGUUAAGACUUUUUCUUCUUGAUAGGUGUUAGAUGUAUAACAGAACAUCCGAAAUUUGGUAUUGUAUGCCUGGACACGGAUGUUUUGAGCACGGCAUUGGUUGCAAUCCACAAUGCGCGGCUCAAUCCAAUUCCCGACCCUAUCGUCAACAGGUAAACUGUCUUUUUCUUUCUUAUUUUGUACGCGUAAUUAAGUCAAUCGCUUUUGUGACUUUAUAUCCUCUUGUUCUCUAGAACUUGGCGUUUGGCAGCCUACAGACAAUUUACUUGGUGGGCACAUGGGGUAUUAGGAAAAAACCGGCGGAGAAUCGUGCCAGCAUGCGUCGUCACGGCCAUACGUAAAACAUUUCCAGAAGAGAGUGGUAAUUACGUGGGGUUUCGAGAAGCAGAUCUGGAACUUUGAACUUUAUCCGUAAUGUCCUUUAAAAAUGAUUAGUAACAUAUCCUUUCCGUGUAUAACACCAGAGGCUCUUCUUUCCUUAUGUUACGGUUUCUUUCUAAAAUUUGCGUGAAAUAUACAAUUACUUAUCGAGGAUAUGAAUUACUAACACAUUUCUGCAUAGUGAUUCAGUCAAAAGCCAUGCAGAGCCAAACGAAUGUCAUCCCUACUGCAGUUAUUAAAUUGUCCACAUUGCCAGGGAUAGCUGCGUGGCCUGAAUGAAAUAAACCUCAAACCUACCUUUGAUUGCUUUUUGCUACGAUGAUUGCUUUUAUUUUCAUUUGAUUGUGUUAUUGACAAAGUUGUUGUAUUUAAUUAUUCAAAAAAUACUUCAAAAGUAUGAUUAGCAAUGACAUCUGCUUUAGGAGGCCGGGGUUUGCUGGCAAUGUUUUCAGGAAUGUGUGGUGCUGUGACUGUUGCACUCCUCUCUUGUGGUUUUAAGCAUUUUCUCUCUACAAUGGCAUUAAGCAUUGGCUUGAGAUGAUAAUUGGUUGUCUUCUCAAAUAUGGGCUUCGCCACCCAUUCUUUUGUAUUUUUGGAAACACUACCUUGUAUUGCAGCUCCUUGGUUGGCACCCCUGGAUACAGUGGCUUGUUGUCUACCAGUGUUGGCAUUAUGGUCUAGGGCUGCCAACUGAGUUCGAGCAACCAUGCCAUUAUAAGAGAAGUGCUGCCGUUUGGGUGCAUAUUUGGUCUGCACACUAUGGUACACCUCUAAAUUGCCAGUAUGACAACUUAGUGUUAGUUGCUGAAUGUCCUUCAACAGAUUUUUAUCGAAUACAACCUCCUUCAAUGCAUUAUGAGCAGAGGAGCCAGGCCUAAGCCACCUUUUAGUUCUUGCGAUAGCUGGAGGGAUUGGUUGGUGGGCACAUUCCUCAUACAGGUCAGCUAAAUCCCAGGAGUGGAUAUUGGCAGUGUGAUAGACAAUGGAUAUCCACUUCUCUCUCAACAUCUCCUUGUCUCCCCAUAUGUUUUGGCACACCACCAAAGGUGGUUUGAGAUGGAUCUGAUCCAGAGAGAGAGAUCAGCACAUUCUCUCUUCUUUGCUUUUUCAGUUAACUUUUUAGUUAUACUCUUGGAAAGGUGCCACACAUCAAAUUGAUGAUCAACUUCAGGGAAAUUUCUUUAAGUUCUUAUUCACAUAGAAGUAAAGAAGGCUAAAAGAAUUCAUUAUUUAAAGAAUAAUAUCCACAACUUAUAUAUAGUCUACUUGUACUAAUUUUUUUCACCUGCUAAUUAACAAGGGACAGGUAUAAUGUUCCUUGAAUUAAAGAAUAAUCCUUUUAUUCUGAAACAAUUUAAUUUUGUUUACCUACUGGUCAAAAAUUUUCAGGAGAGACGAAGUACAAAGAUUACUCAAAAAAAAAACAUGAAACUAGAAGGAAUUCCAUGGCAGGAUAUUGUUUUGCUUAAGGAGAAGAAAUACUUAUCUGCGAAAAUUUAAUGUUUCUCAAUGGAACCUAUUUGGGUGAUAUCCCUUAAGAUAUAAAUUGUUAUUGCCCCCAAACUGCAUUCACCUUUCAAUUUUUUUUAUCAAUCAUGCAUAAAUGAAGAGCAGCUUCAAGAGUUUGCAACAACCCAAGCUUUGCCACAACCCAACCCAGUUGCAAGAGAGCAAUUCACGAUUCACUUACUUCUUUUCUGACUUUCUCUUCUGAACGUUUCUCUGAUGAAAGUCGAGGUCUUUUUGAUGGUCUCCGAUGCGAAAAAACCGUGGGUAUUGCACCUGGUUUUAGCGUAGAUCUGGGUUUCAAACCAAGAAUUUCUGCUUUCAGGUCUCGUUCGUAGCAGUCAGGUGUAAAAUGUUCUGAGCACAGCCUGGUUUUUCGAAACGACCAGAUCCGCUCGUGAGAUCUUUGCCAGCCACUGUGAUCGUAGAGCUUCAUCCCUCGGAAAGCAAUGGUAGGAUAUACCAGUUGUGUACCUCGAGUCGUUGUUACAAUCGAACGCCGCGCAGUAUACCAUUUUUAGCUCGAAAGUAAUCGAAGUAAAUAUAGCAACGAGGGCUACUCAACCGCCAAGAACAGAUAGAAGAAUAAACUCAAACAACUCGGGCUUCCGUAUUUGUACAUCCUUUCUUGCGUAAGCCAAGAAUUUAACCCAUUAUAGAGAACUUAUAAACCAAAGUUCAACACGAAUUUCAAAAUUUUAUUUCGUUUUGGACUUCUUGCGACAUUGUUAACAGCUUGCGUUAUCGUACAUGCCAUUGCAAAAUCCAGACUACAAACGCGUUGCAAACUAAUGUUAAAAAAGGUAAAUAACAAAAUAUGGGAAACAGAAUGGAAGAUGAAAUAUCUUAAAUUACCAGUAUGUAAGAAAAAUUAAAGUGGAGACCCUAUUCCGAAAACAUCGAGGUCAAUCCAAGUAUAAAAGAUGCGCCGCACAUGAUCUGGACAAGUAACUACGUUUCAGAGACACAGGGUUACGAAAGCCAAAAUAUUUUUCUCUUAUACAAUCCCUGGACAGAAGACCAAUUUUCUUAUAUGAGAGGCGCUUGAAUCAUUUUUUGCUUCACCUUGCACAAUCUUUACUCCUGGAAAACCACAAAUUCUUUCCCGCGAGCAAGCCGCAGUCCUGAAUUCAACUUGCCUGUUUCUUGCUGUGUUUACCUUCAUCCCCAUAACCUACGUCACACACUACAAAAAGAACCGCUGACAUUCGUGUUCUGAGCCGACGUACCACAGUCAAAUGUCGAGCCAAUUAUCACUAAAAACCCUUCGUUUUCUGGAUGAAAACUGUCGUUCGAGGGAAAAAAAAUGACGGAAAUUUGUUCCAUCAUACAUAAAUGUACGAUACACGGUGAAAAAAAUUACAUGAAUUUGGACUUCAGUUCUCCUUUAAACAACCUCGCUAAUAAAAAUAUGGAAAAAUAACAAACAAAGCAAAUACUUGGCGGCUAAUUUUGUUGUUGUUGUUGUUGUUGUUGUUUUUUAUCUCUUUGUUCUUGUAUGACGUGCAGUUAAUUGACCAGAAAUGUGGCGGUAAAGUGGAAGUAGUAAAAGUCCUGAUGAAUAGUCUGCUAGGCCGAUUGGUGGAUACGUCACACGUGGUUCGUAAGUUCUGUAUCAGAGGACUGGGGAACAUUUCCAGUGUGGAAGACUCUCAGGUAAUGCGCGCGCAUUAUUUAGUUUGAUAUUUACUGUCUUGUUCCGCAAAGUUCUUCUUGUCCGUGGCCAGUGGUCGGAAAGAAGAGGCUGAAUGGAGGCCGCUUUUUAAAAAAAUGUGAUUUUUUUCGUUGAAAUUUCCUGGACGUAAACAUUCGCGUGGUAACGAAGGUAUUAAGUUAUUGUUAGUUUGCCAAGUCGGGAUCAAUUUUCAGACAGAAUAGUUAAUCAAGUCAGGAGAAAUGUUCUGUUAAAUGCAAUGUAAACCAAAAUCCAGUUAAAUAUUUUUUUCUUAUAAAAGAGAAAGUGCAGCUUCUAGAGCUUAAAAGAUAUUCGUUAAAAUUUUUCCACCUUUACUCACCGUGUUUCUUGGUCAUGAAAUAAGUCACUGCGCCUGAAAAUGACAUCUUUUGUAAUUCUACAGCUUGAAAAAUAUUCCACCACAAUCCUGUCUGCGAUGAUGGCGGGUAUGGAUGACAAAGAUGAUUUAGAGGACGAAAUAACACUGGAGUCAAUGUCAGGACUUGCCAAGAUUCUGGCAAAACUGGAUGAAAAUAACGUGCGGCAAAUACUUAUUAACAUUUGUCUUAGAAUCAGACCCUGCUUUGAAAAGGUGGGUCCCAUAAUCAAACAGUGUCAUUCAAAUGGCUUAAUUUGGUUCCCUUAUUAUUUUUUUUGGGUGGGGCGGGGUGGGUUUACUUUGAACGGUUUGUGGGGAUUUCCUUUAGCGAAUUGGAAAUAGAGACCUUUAGCAAACCACGACGGCGACGUCAACGAGGACGUGGCAAAGCAAAAGAUCUAAUGAGUAGAAGAAUAGCUCAGAUAGCUCAGUACGUGCGUUUUGAAACUGUACAUUUCUUAGCGGUCCUCUGCAAAUAACAACGUGAAAUCACCAAAAUAAGCGUGGUCUGAGGAAGGAAACCACGAUGGCAAAUUAUUUAAGUUUCCAUUUGGAACUCAACGCUGCCCUCAUACGUUAUGCUGAGGUUAACUUGCGCCGCCGUAAGAGAUGGUAAACACAUUCAGUCAUUCGCGAAAUUCUAUCCAAAAAUAUAAAUUCAUUUUCAAAUCGACGUUUUUCUUGGCGUUGCCGUCCUAACUGCUGAAGGUCCCUAAUUUUUAUUUUGGGGAACAACUUUUUUGCCAUUUCAGGAGACUGAAAUAUCUGUUUGAAAUAAAAUUUUGGGAUUUUCUGUUUAAGCAGCCGAUUCACGCUGGCCUAUAGGAGAAAUUCUGAAGGUUUUGGUCUCUUUUAUGGAUAAACAGUCAAUAUUGACGUAUUUUGCCAGCAUGCGAUCUUUAUCGCUCCAGUAACGCAAGCUUCUUAAAGCGGAAUUCUUUACUGAACCGUAGGACGUAUUUUUGCAAGACUUUGUAUAUCUACGAAUUAUUGAAUUGACCUAUAUAAAAUUUCAAUUACAUUAAAUUUAUUUUUGAUAUUUAUUAUUCAUUAUUUACAGAUUUUUCUUUUAAAUUUUGAAGGAAAAAGAUGCUGUUCGAGCUGCGGCCUUUACCUUAUUUGGUAAACUGUCUCGUUUCAGUGACGGGCCGUCAAAAGCCCCGUUCCUGGAGCAAGUUCAUACGAACUUUAUAAGUGUUAUGUUACACUUAAACGAAGAGGUGGAAGUCGUCAAGGUAGAGAAAAGGAUUCACGUUAUAACCUUUUAAAGAUUAACGCUCUCGAGAUAGCUUCUGGUUACGGCACUUUCCUUGACUGGCAUUGGUGUCAAUAAAAAAAAAGUCCUUUCAAAUGGCAGCCUCAUACCAAAAAGCACCUAAAAUUCGUGCGCUUUUCACGGACAGUUAACAGUCGAAAACGGCUGAAAGACACUAACCUCCUUAGAAUAAUUUCAAAAUAGAGGGCACUUAUUCAGGGCAAUUUUCAUCCACUUUACUGCGCUCUAAAAGACUUAGCGCUUUCUCGUGCUCGUACUCGUUUAUGUGUAUUUGUUCUUAGUAAUCAUUGGCUUGUUGUGAAGUUGUGAAUAUUUGGCUCCCCGUUAUGAAGCACGGACCUCGCUGCACUCGUUCCGUACGUCAUGACCUCAAGCCAAAUAUUAUCCCGUCCGGCCCCCCCACUCAGUCAAUAGGGACAUUAUAUUUCACAUCUUGUCCGUUUCUCAGGCGUGUAAAGGCUGUCUACGGUCCAUCGCUCCUCUCAUGGGCUCCGAAUCUGUUAACAAAAUGUUCCAAAAGCAUUUGUUGGAAGAAGGACAUCUUCAUUACGGCGAGUUCAUGAACGAUCUCUCUAGACUUCUUGUAAGUACUGUCUUUUAAUUCAUCUCCAAUUUCUUGGUAAAGUAAACGGUCUUCAAACUACGUCAAGCAUAUAACACCGUCGAUUGGUGUAUGUAAACGUCGAAUAAGUUCGUUACCCUAAGACUUUCUGCUGUUGUUUCACAAGGUUGAUUAUUUGAAUACCAGAUUUUAGGGAGCAUUUUACAUGUUAAAAUUACAGAUUGUGUCAUACCAGUUCAAACUUAUUUCAUAAUUUUGCUCGAGAAUAUUUCGUUAGGAGAUCGCUAGGAAUCUAACCAGGGAUCAAUCGUUGCAAAUGUGUUUCCUAAAAGAUGCUCCGUAAUGUGUUCAAAGUCUUGCCAGUUUCAUCGACCUUAUCUACCUUCCCUGUGUUGCAGGGUUAAAAAUAUUCACUCAUCUUUUUUUGCCAUGUAGAUCAAUCCUUACGGGGUAGUCACCUCUCCCGCGCUAGUCACCUCUCCCACGCUAGUCUCUAAUGUCUAACAUUCUUCUUUACCCUAUAGAUUGUUGAUUUUCCUGAUAAGAUUAGUUUUUACGUGAUGGGCUGCGUUUCAUUCUAUAAAAGUUCUCGAGAUGACAUCAAAGCGAAUGCGGCGUUGCUCACUGGUGAGUGACCUUUCGUAAUUUGAGGAUACCGAUUUGGAAGCCCCUGUAACAAAUGUGUUUAUUUAGAAAUCUCUGGCAUUCGGAAAGAAAAAACCAUCCUCUGACAAUAACCAAAUUUUUAAGAAACAAAUUACUCUAGGGAGGUAUUUGGAUUGGAGGGGCUUUAAGGGUAUCUAUGACUCCUUCCUUCCCCCUCUCAUAUGUCCAGAAAUGCAAGCAGUGAUGAAAAUGGCAGAUUUGACGAAAUUUCGACAAACUAAGGAAACGUUCGAGGAUUUGACGAUUUUGAUGAAUUUCAGUCAAAUUUAUCAAAGCGAAAUUAGCUUGGUGGAAUUGAUGAUUUUGACGAAUUUUCGCCAUCUUCGGUACCGCAUGCAUUUCUGGACAUACCCCAAGGGUUAUGAUUUGUAAAAGAUGAACCACUGUGAUAUGGCACCAAAUUCCAGUAAGACUAUAUUGGAGAACAACGCUUUUUGAAUAUCCAGCUUAGUUCCUUCCCCUUCCCAUCCUUAUUAUAUUCAUCCCUAACUUCGCAGUCUCGUCUUUCUUGUUCUCUUUGUUGUUGUCCUGGUAUUGGGGCAUAGAGAGAAAGAACCUUUCGAGUAACGAUAAAGUUUUAUAGAUAACGGCUGUUCCCCUUGGUCAUAAAUUUCAGGUUUUAUUCUCGGUAACCUUCCUCAAGAAAGAAGAGAUGAAAUAUCCAAAGACCAUGUGUGUGGGGGUAAGAAUUUUGAUUUGCUUGAAAGCAUUGAUGGUAUAGUGAAAAUGAUGAGCAACUUUGCACCUACCCCUCCUCUAACCCUAGAUAGGGUUAAUGUUGGGUUAGGGGAGGGGUAAGUGCGCAGUUGCUUAUAUACUGACACUGAUCCGUGAAACUAAUGCAAUUUGUGUUUAUUUAUUCCGUUACAGCUCUGAUUCUUUUGCUGAAAGAUCCAUCAGGUCAAGUGAGAUGUAAAGCUGCCGAAGCAAUGAGCUUGCUUUAUGACUACUAAAAAAACUAACAAUUAUAGUGUUAAAAAUAAAAUGGAUGAAUUUCAAAGAAAAACAGAUUUAAUGAAAUUAAGAUCGUUUACUUUACAGGUUUACCUCGGAAUAUUUUGCGUAAACUGGUAAAAGAACGAAAAUAAAGACGAGAUUUAUUAAUUUUAAUAAGAUUUGGCCUCAGAAAGUGACCUUGCGAGACCACUGCCUUUUUCUUUACAUUCAAUGUGUCUUAUCAGGUUUCAAUUGCACAAGCAGUAGCAGCCAUUUCCGCAAUGUUCCCAUCUAAAAGUCUUUGUACAGGUAAACAAGGUCGCAUGCUGGUGACGGUUAGUGACUGCUAGGGCGGUUUCAUUCGAGGAGACAACAAAAUAAAGCAUUCAAGCGAGUAGUUCACUAUUCCUUAAGACUGUCUCUUUAGCUGUUUUGGUACACGUGACUAAUUAAACUUUGGCAUUUACUCCAUGAGGUAAUUUCGGAGUUUGGCCACAAGGUUAAAAGUCCGAUAGUUAAGAAUGCGGAGUACCUAUUAGUCCACCCACCGGAUACUAAUAUUGCAGUUCCUCAAAGGAACACUUUAAUCAUCUUAGACUGCAUUAGAUUGAAAUUUAUUAAAUCGACUCGUCGCAAUAAUUUAGAAAUUUGACAAGUUAUAAAACCUUUUUUUGGAUAGAAUAUAAAGCAGUUUGAGUAGACGUGGUUCAACACAUAGGAAAUAGAUUUUUGCUCAAGUGAAAAGUUUCGAGGUUCCUAUGAAAAUUAUACGAAAUUAUGUUUAAAAAAAAACCAUCGCUAGUAAGUUUUUUCCCACUUGAAAAAGGAUUUAAAGUCACACUUCCUUCCAUGUCCCAGGUUUGGUUUCAAUGGUCAUAGAGUUGUAGAAUCGUAUGGUAGUUAGGACAAGAUUUUAAUGAGUUCCGAUUAAGAUAGUCAAUAAAUUUGUUUAAUUAAAUCUGUUUAGUUGCCUUUGUAUUCAGAACUAACAGUUAAGGAAAUUAGUAUAUACUACACACAAGUGAGUAUUGCUAUUCGCGCGCGCUGAUUGGCUAGUUCGGAAGUGAAUAGGAAGUAUUAUCACCUCCGAGCAGCCUAUGAGACAAAAUCAUGCGUCAAUAAUUUAAUUUUCUGACCAUUUUACAGUAUAUUAAAAGACAUAAACUAAUUUUUUUGGUAUCUGUAAGGUAUAUACUAAAACGAUCAUUAAUUAAGUGUCGGUGAAAGUGGUGG